AUGAGUGGUUUGCUUUCGGGUGACGCGCAAGCGAUCGCGGGCGCGGUCGGGCUCGUCGCCAACGGCGUGACGUCCUGGUCGCUCUGGGUGCUGUACAACACCGGGUGCGGGCUGCCGCCGGGGCCCGGCGGAAGCCUCGGCGCGUUGGAGGGCGUUUCUUAUCUCGUGGUGACGGCGUUCGUCGUCGCGGCGACGGCGAAGAAGAUUAAGACGGGCUCGGGGCUUCCGGCGGGCCCGGGAGGCGUGCUCGGUGGCGCGGAAGGUAUCUCGUUCUUGGUGGCGUUGAUCGGAUUGGGAGUGCUCGCGAACCAGGUUUUACACUUUGGAUACGUGCCGAACGCGAUUCCGACGGAGGGCGGAAAGUGUUACUGA